CAUGGUGCUACUCGGUUGGACGCUUUGCAUUUUCGUCGUCGGAACUCGGGCGGCGGUGAACAACGGCUUCAAAAGUUACCCGACAACGGUGAAGACCUUCGAGAACGAUACGGUUCUACUUCCGUGUUACGUCGAGGACCUUGAUAACGUGCAGACCAGGGUGAGAUGGUGGAGGGACGGAAUCCUUUUGGCUGAUAGCGGUGAACCACGACACGUGUCGCCCGAAAGAGUUCGAAUGUACACGAACAGGAGCCUGGAGGUCUCCCACGUGAAACGGAACGAUACCGGGGAAUAUGUGUGCCAGGCGUCUCGACCCGCUCCCUGGGGACACGCCACGCAAGUACACGAGAUCGAAGUGAUGUACCCGCCUAGCAUCCGUCCAGUGCCGGAGUCCGGAAAACUGGAAGUUAAUUUGGGAGAGGAAGCGGUUUUGGCGUGUGUGUCGAAAGGUGUUCCGGUCCCUAUCAUAUCCUGGAUGAACCAGAACGGUGAGAUACCGACUUUACAUGACGGAUCGCAUCUGCGAUUUCACAUUGACAACCCUAUCCUCGCUGGCCGUUACACUUGCGUGGCGAACAACGACGUCGGCGAACCCGCAACAGCGAACAUAGACCUAUACGUCCGAUACAAGCCGAAAAUCGAGGUGGCAGAAACCUGGAUCCACGCGCCGCCUGGGAUCCGUGUGCAAUUGCAUUGCGGUGUGACCGCUUGGCCAGAGGCGAAGGUGGAGUGGUAUUUCAACAACAGAAGCGUGAAAUAUUCGUCGAGGAUAGUGAAGCACAACUCGGGCCGCGAUCACAGUUUGGUGAUAAGGAACGUCAGGACGACGGAUUACGGUUUCUACUUGUGCAGGGCUUCUAAUUCCAUAGGAAUCACCGAGGCGGUGGUCGAGUUAUCAGGUAUUGCGAACCCAGCCGUCUUCAAAAAGAUCUCGCACGGUCCCUCCAAGUCCUCGUACGAUUUCGUCUGGGAGGUCUACAGUUACAGUCCCAUCGACCAGUAUGAGUUCAGGUUUCGAAAAAUCAAGAAUGGCGUUCCCGGCCAAUGGCACACCCUCUACAUACCAAAUGGCAGCGACGGCUACAGUUACGUUCAUACGUAUUCAUUCGUCCUGACCGGGCUGGAAGAAGCGACUCACUACGAGGCGGUAGUUUUGUCGAAAAAUCGUUACGGUUGGAGCAAACCCUCGGACAUAAUGCGUUUCGCGACGGAAGGCGCUCCCGACGAGAACAACUAUGUGACUAACGCGAUACUGGAGGACAAGAUAAUUCCUGUGGUACAACUUGCAUCGAUGUCGCAUCACUCUACCUUAGGCGCCGACAGAAGCGGGUCGACACUCAACCGAGUAGAAAUGAUGAUAAUGAUUCCUGUAUUAUAUAUGUUUAGCGUAAACCUCUAAAAUUUUCAAUUAUUUCUGUAUAAAGUAAGCUAGACU